AUGGACAAAGAGGAAGAUAGAAGGCCACCAAGGCCUUCUACACCAGUUCCACCGACUCAGGUCCCUCUUUGUCCAAGAAAUGCUUACUACCCGCCAUUUAUGAUUCAUCCAAGUGCAUAUCCGAAUUCAUAUACGUACGAAUGGGGUAGCCAGCCCCCACAUUUUCCAACAACGUUCAUCUAUCCUCCGUCAACUAAUGCGGACGAGUCGAGUCGUGUUCAACAAACGAACCAGCACCCACAUUUUCCAACAACGUUCAUCUACCCGCCGUUCACUUAUGCGGAGGAGUCAGGUCGUGUUCAACAAACGAAUCCGCCCCCACCAAUGCCACUUUUUCCAUCAACGUUCAUCUACUCGCCGUCGACUAAUGCGGACGAGUCAGGUCCUCCCCCACCAAUGCCACCUUUUCCAUCAACGUUCAUCUACCCUGCUCCAAAAAAUGCGGAAGAGUCGGGUCGUGUUCAACAAACGAAGCAGCCCCCACCAAUGCCACAUUUUCCAUCAACGUUCAUUUCCCAUCCAUCGACUAAUGCGGAGGAGUCGGGUCGUGUUCAACAAACGAAUCAGCCCCCACCAAUGCCAGCUUUUCCUACAACGUUCAUGUCGACUAAUGCAGAUGGUUUGGGUCGUGUUCAACAAAUGCCAUGCACUCUGUCGACUACCGGAGAGAACUCGACAAGCUUUGAAAAGACCGCAAGUAAUCCGUUGACUGCGGAGACAUCGGCAUUUAUAUCUGGAAGUAAAAAUAUUGUUGGAGGUACUUCAUUAGACGUAGAGACAGAAGUUGAGGAGAUAAAUGAAGAAAAUUCUGAUCAUGACAAAGUUGAGGAGGAGCCCAAACCUGGUAUGAAGUUUGCCACUGAUCAUGAGCUUAUGGCCUACUACAUGCGAUAUGCCAAGCAACAAGGUUUUGGUGUUAUAACACAAAGGACGAAGAGAGAGGCUAAUGGGAGGGUGAAGUAUUUAACAAUUAGGUGUGCGCGUGGAGGAAAGUACCAUCCUAGUCAUAGUAAUAUCUCGAGGCCACGUCCAACUAUUAAAACGGAUUGUAAGGCAAGGAUAAAUGCUCACUUGGUGGAUGGUACUUGGGUGGUGACCACUGUUGAGAUUGCCCAUAAUCAUAGUACCGUCAGCCCACAAAAGUCUAGAUUCUUUAGAUCGCACAAGAAUCUAGAUGAAUACAGUCAGAGGAUGCUUGAUUUGAACGACAGAGCAGGUAUUCGAAUGAACAAGAAUUUUGGGGCACUUGUUGUUGAGGCGGGGGGAUUUGAGAAUCUGCAGUUUCAAGAAAAAGACUGUCGAAAUUUUAUUGACAAACCCCGAGAAUUAAGACUGGGUAAAGGUGGUGGGCAAGCACUGACUGAGUACUUCAAAAGGAUGAGAUUGCAGAAUGAUGGUUUUGUUUAUGUGAUUGACGUGGAUGAGGAGUUGAGACUUAGAAAUGUGUUCUGGGCUGACGCACGUAGUAGAGCAGCGUAUGAGUAUUUCGGAGAUGUUAUCACCUUCGAUACGACAUACCUAACAAAUAGAUACGGUAUGCCGUUUGCUCCAUUUGUUGGUGUAAAUCAUCAUGGGCAGUCUAUACUGUUAGGGGCUGCCUUGAUUUCAAGCGAGGACACAAGUACUUUUGUGUGGUUGUUUCAAGCAUGGUUGGAGUGCAUGGAUGGUCGGGCUCCAAAAGCGAUCAUAACAGACCAAGACCGAGCCAUGAAGGCUGCUAUUGCGUUGAAAUUGGGAUCUCAUGCUGCCUUCAACGCAGGGUUAAAGACUGCCAUCCAGAGUGCCUUAUAUGAUUCACAGACAUGUGAUGAGUUUGAGGAGAAGUGGGGGCAACUUAUUCAGAAAUAUGGGCUAGGUGAAAAUCAAUGGCUGCAAGGAUUGUAUAACAAGAGGUCGUUCUGGGUACCCGUGUACCUUAAAGGAGUUUUUUGGGCUGGCAUGAGCACAACACAGCGUUCUGAAAGCAUGAAUGCUUUCUUUGAUGGAUUUGUGCAUUCUGGUACGAUGUUGAAAGAAUUCGUUGAUCAAUUUGAUAAUGCGCUUAGAAAGAAGGUGGAGGUCGAGACAACAGCUGAUUUCAAUUCCUCCAACCAAACCAUCCCAUGUUCAUCUGCGUUCCGCAUUGAAAAGCAGUUUCAAGCAGUGUAUACAAAUGCGAAAUUUAAAGAGGUUCAGAGAGAGGUCUGGGGAAUGAUUUUAUGUAACUGCAUACUUAUCAGUAAGGAGGGUUGCAUUUCCACGUACGAUGUUUUAGAUGAAAUAACGACAGAUGAUGACCAUGUCAAGAGCAUAAAGUACACAGUUUACUUUAACGAUGAGGAGAUUGAUUUGAAAUGCACAUGUGCAUUGUUUGAGAUGAGAGGGAUUGUCUGUAGGCAUGCACUGAACGUUUGUCAGAUGAAUAAGAUUCAUGCGCUACCAGAGAAGUACUUGUUGGAGCGAUGGAGAAAAGACUUAAAGAGGAGAUACACAGUGGUAAAAAGUAGCUACGAUGACUUGCGGCAAAAUGCGGAUUCACGAAGGUAUGAGUUUGUGGUGAAACGAUGUGUGAAAUUAGCUACCCGUGUUUCGUCGAGUGAUGCUCAUGUUACUGCAUUCAUGCGCCAUUUGGAGGAGUUUGAGAAUCAAUUUAAAGGAUUAACACUUGAGUCCAGUUCAACGAAGGUAACAGAGACUGUGGUCACGGACAAGGGUAAGAAAAUAUUAAGCCCACACGUUGUCAGAGGGAAAGGGAGGCCGCCAACAAAAAGGAAGGUUCCGCCUGUUGAGAAGGUUGCGACCAAGCGGAAGAAGAAACAGGUAAUUCAUUUUCUCCAAGUAUUUAUUACGAGCAUUGCUUUCCACUGCAUGCAUAUUUCUUUCUAA